GCACAGCAUUCUCUGGAGAAAGCCCGCGAGGGAUCUCUAGAGAAAUCCCAAGCACUAGACGAGCAAAGAAAGCGGGGUCAUUUACAAACCGCUGGUAAUCGUGACAUGACUUGGGAGGAGCAGCUGUGCUGUUGCAGGGAGGAGGUUUUGCGCUGAAUAAGGCAGCAACAAGGACCUGAUUUCCGGCACCAUUCCAUGUCGCCUCUUUCGCAAGCUGGUUCACAAAUGUCCUGGGGAGUAGUCUUUGCCAAUGCAGGCAUAGGAGAGGAUAAUUCACAUACGGAUGACGACAGGCUUGUUGACAAGGAAGGGGCUGCGAGGUCUACCGAUGCGCUGACAGAAUCAUCCAAUGCGCCUCUUCCACUGGGGGAAGAGCAAGGAGAUUUCCACCCGAGCAACACCCUUGAAGCAGUUUGCACACAUGAUAGCUGCUGUGUCCAAGAGAAUGAAGGAAGGGAGACUGCUGAUGGAGACCUGGCCGCAGCAGCAGGCAGAGGAGGAGGAGGAGGAGGAAAAGAAAAGGAUUUGAGAUCUCCUCGGACAAUAUCUUGUACUCCUCCUGAUAACAAUGGUGCAGAUAGUAUGCAGAACUGCGACCAUGACAGCGAUGCGCUGGGAACUAAUGAGGAUCGCGGAGGAUGUGAGGCGGAUGUGUGGGAGCGGGGUGUUGCAGGGUUGAAGGGUGUUGAGAUGUCGCUGAGAAAUCCGCAGACGGUUUUGGAAAGGGAGAUGUGCAGCAAGGAUCAUGGUUAUCCGCAAUCAACCUCGGGGUUGCAGGAGGAAAGGCAACCAACGGGGCAAGUUUGCGUCUCCGGGACCGGGAGUUUGACAAAUGCUGUGGGCGUUCCUGAAAAAUGUGAUCAAUCGAUCUGUACUGUUCCACCGCAGACCACAUGUGCAUCUUCUUUUGAGACGUUUAAGCAGCCCAGGGCUACAGAUCCUGAUGACUUCGAUGAAAUGUAUUUAACAUCACUGCCUUCCCUGUGUGCGACCAGCAUGAGUGAGAAAAGACGACGAACUCUGGGAUCAGGCAGGAAGACGAUGGCGACUUCGUUGCCUGGAAAAGCAGCUGGCUCUCAGUGGGAUAUGCGGGAAGGAGGUCUUCACGAUCUCAUGGUGGAAAAGAGGGUGGGGGGGAUUCCAACGGUGAAGCAACAAGGUGACAGUGAUGAUGACUCGGUGUCGUCCCAACCACCACCGGCUAUGACGGAUAUGGUAAUGGCUGGAAGGGAGAGCAUUCCUAGAUGUCAUGGCAACUCAGACCCUUCUCUGGCGGCUGCAGCGAAUCAACAAACAAGCAGGGCGAGGAUUACUACGACGCAGGGUCUCCUUGGCGCACGAAAUAACAACAACAGUUGCGAUGGCGGACAUGGUGGGAGCACUUUGGGGAUCUCCAGGUUGCAGCGGUGGCUAUUAUUGUUGACACACUCAAGUAUUUGCAGUCGUGGAAAUCCGGCUUGUGCAGGUCAGGUAACCUGCAGGCGAGCACGGCAGCUGUGCAAUCACAUUAAUGGCUGCAGAAAGUCAAAGGCAGAGUGCGAUUUUCCUCUUUGUGCGGGACUGACAGCAUUGCUUCUGCAUCACCGAAUGUGUCAGAGUCCUCGCUGCCAAGUGUGCGGGCCGGUGAGGGAGCAGUACACCGCGCUGCAGUGCGGUGCAUUUACCCAUACUUGUGAACAAGUUGUUGCAUGCGAGCUGACAUCGUCAUCGUCGGCACCUGCGAACCGCAGCGGACAGCGGGACAACUUCAAAGUGCCGAAACCGAACCCGACAAUGUUUCUGACGUCCCAAGGAUUCCAUGGACAAGGUUUGUUCAAUGCCGAUCUUAGCCAGAUGGACAAACUAUGAUGUGAGGCUGAGUAGAGGACUCAUCAUGUUGGUUGUGUGUCGAUGAUCCCACGUUGUUUCCUCCCCCCAAAAAAAUGGAAUGACAGUGGGUUCGUCGCUCCUUCACGGUCAAAAUCUCUGAGCACAAGCAGCCGGGCACAGCUUCAACUUUCAACAGCUGAGUGCAAAGCACUGCGAAAGGUCAAAGUCAAAGCACCAUAAGAAGGUCAAAGCACCCUAGGAGGAGGAUGUAGCGCGAGCAGGUCAAAGUCAAAGUCAAAGUUGAAAUCUCUGAGCUUUGGGCAUCCGGCCACAAUUUCAUCAGUGCGAAGCACUGCAAAAGGUCAAAGUCACCAUAAGAAGUCCAAAGCACCCUAUGAGCGGAGGAUGUAGCGCCAGUAGGUCAAAGUCAAAGUCAAAGUCAAAAUCUCUAAGCGUUGCGCAUCUGGGCACAAUUUCAUCAGCCGGAAGCACUGUGAAAGGUCAAAGUCAAAGAACCAUAAGAAGCCCAAAGCACCCUAUGAGGAGGAUGUAGCACGAGUAGGUCAAAAUCAAAGUCAAAAUCUCUGAGCUGCGUUGCGCAUCUGGGCACAAUUUCAUCAGUGGGAAGCACUGUGAAAGGUCAACAUGCAAAAGGUCAACGUGCGAGAGUCAAAGUCAAAGCACCAUAAGAAGGUCAAAGAACCAUAAGAAGGUCAAAGCACCUAAUAUGAGGAUGGACGGAGUACAACAACUUCCGAAGAAACUUGCCGCAGAUCGGGUCUCUUCUCUUUUUCAUAAACUACGGUACUACGGUACUACCACAUCAGCCCUCGAAAGUUCGGAAUGGAAAUUGAACUGGAAUGAUUAAUCGCUCUCUUUGUAAUACGAUUCCGAAUUCAAAACCUUUACAUGUCAGAUGUCAGUAUAAUAUCGAUAUGACCGAUCGCCUCUCCACUUGGCUAUACUCCAAUAAUAGGCGAGAGAAGAUGACCGGCCAAUGCGUCCGCGUCCCUUAGCUCAGUAGAACCGUGUUUCUGUAUUUCCAAUCUCUUUUUUGCUAUGUGGUCUAUAGCCUGUACAACAAAGAACUGAUCAUAUAGGAAAACGGUGCGAAAAAAUGCAGAAACCUGCGAAAGAAAUUUUCAGGAUGACAACAGAAGACAUAUGCACUCAAAGAUUCUAAUGGACCACAGAUCAGAGAUUAAAAUGACCGGAACAGAUUCUCUACACUUGAUCUAUUUUUAGCCAAGAGGGUGAGAAAGGUCGGUCAGUAUGAACGGGGUUGAUUUCGCUCAGUGUUUUGAUUACAGAAAAAAAAAAAAAAAAAAAAAAGAGCGGUUUCUGACUGUCUAGCACGGAAAGGUUGUGGACAGAGGAAGACAUGUGAAGCGCAUACGGAUAUGCUGCAAUGCCUGAUGUUCGACGUGCCGAUUAUUGAGUGGUUUUAGACUUUUAGUGAUCAUGAGGAUGUCAGGGGAAGAAUGUUAUGGAUGUUUAGGAGAUAGCUGGAGGAGGAAUGACGGGAUUUACCGCGAUCAGUAUUCUGGUUAUCGACUGGUUCGUGGUUUUGUCUGUAAGACAAUGAACCUGGCUGGCAUCUGAAGGAAGGUGAGGGUCAAUGUGAUAACGUGACGGAUUGCGGUGAACAAUAAAUAUGAUUGGAUUCGGAGAGUGAUGACAGAUCGUCUUUCGGCCACAAUCAGUUUUCCGAUGGGAUCAUAGGGAGUCGCACAGCAAGAAGGAUGUUACGCUGCACAUGCGCUGCUGCGAACGGAGCCAAAGCUCAUGGGCCUUCCAAGGGGAGGAAGAGUUUGACGACUCCACGUCCGAGACGAGGUGCACGAGAAGAAUGUCUCUUCCAGGUUAUAAGGGGUGAAAUCGCCCUCGUUGAGAUUGCUCGCUUUCUGGGAAAAGCAUGAGAUGGAAGCACUCUUCUCCUUUGUAUGUGUGUGUGUUUGUGUUGUCGUGUUUUCCAUACACAGCUCCACAGAAAAAAAAGGGGGUCAUGACAGUUUCGUGACUGUGCCAGAGUGUUUCGUAGGACUUCCACAGACUCAUCAGGAAGUUGCACUGUGAUAGCGAGUGUGUGUGUGUGUGUGUGUGUGUGUGUGUGUGUGUGUGUGUGCGUGGGUGGGUGGGUGGGUGGGUGGGCGUGUGUGUGUGUGUGUGUGUGUGUGUGUGUGCACGUGGCACAUGUACAGGGAGACUUGGAGACCAGUGGGUAGAGGGGAUUGCCUGGUGAAGUGUGUGUGGGAAGGAGGAGGUUGUAGUGGAAAGAUUCGUUUUAAGAUAUCUGUUUUCAUAUUCGUUUUGAGAGAUCUGUUUUCAUAUUAUGCCAAAAGGGUGAUGCCUGCAAUAACAGCCGUCUCUGGUAAGGCAUGACAUAUGGCCACGAGUCGUAUCUUUUCACUACAUAGGACUGCCACUUGUCAUUGCGAUUGUUAGACAGUAGAGAAUAAAUAACGCGACCAUUUUUGUAGUAAAUUCUAAAUUUCAGUGAACCUGUGAAUACACCCAGAUUUUAUUUUGGCCGGCCGGCGCACUAAGUUAGCAUGACCCGCGUCCGUCACAUGCACCACGGGCAUUCUAUCAGUUACGGUAAUAACCUGAAAAGUCGAGUGGCUGGUCGUAAAGACUCGCAUCAUUCAGCACGGGCAGGUGGUCCAUAGACCUGCUUCUUCUCUGCGUGCAACCCUGGAGAGAGAUGGACAAGGCUGUGUGCUGUGCUAUCGAUGCAUGUUAUUGCAUUUUGAGAGCACAAUAUCAAGUCAGACUGUGUGCGGUGAGAAGAACCCAAUACCCCUCUCAACGUGUCGACAAGGCUGGUGGCAGAAAGGGACCAAGCGAAGCGAAAUUCUUGAGUUCACGCGACGGCAACAGCGCAGUGAUACACACUGCAGAAGGAUUUCUUGAUGUGGAAAAAUCUUCUCUGGAGGAAGGCUUGUUGAGAAGGCUACGACGGAGGUUGCUGUUUCUGAAUACGACAGAGGAAGAGACGCAGCCAGCUAAGAGUGAUAUGACCUCUUAAGACCCCCCAAGCGAGGGGAGGUGAUGAGAGUCUGUUUCAUCAGGCCAGCUGUAAUGGCAGACUCAUUGUCUAGCCGCAGACUUCCAUUCUAUGGCAACUGCUGAUGCACGCCUUUAGGUUGGUGAGGUAUAGGGCUAAUACUUACAGCCUCGAUGUGCUAGCGGGCAAUUGCAAAUCAGGAGCAUAACGUGUACCUCCCUGUCUAAGUGUUCACCAGUCACCACAGAGUCACAAGAUCUGCUAAUAUAUGACAUAACUAAGUGUUCUGCAGUAACCCAUUUGUUUCAGGCACCGGUAUUUGAUGUCAAGGGACGCUGGACCCGGUUUCCAGCAGGUGCAGCUCCCCACCGAUGGAACGGAGCCAUCCAAGUACGGGAGUGUAGAGGGAGUGUCUGCUCUUACCAGCACUCCCCCUCUACGCCUCAUUGCCGAUGUUUGCCCCAAAAAAAAAAAAAAACGCGGCAGCUCGGCUCUGUUUAGGGUUGGGUAGGUUUAUGUAGGCUUGUUUAGGGUUAACCUAGGGCCAUUCUGGGAGGUAAUGAUUUCCAGUGUACACGAGUUUCUUGAAGGUCGUGUUUCCCGUCACAUCAGAGUGUUGCAGGCUACAACGACGAGCUGAAGAACUUCGCAUGAAAGCCUUGAAAGA